AUGCCCCCAAAUCGGAAAUGCAUUCACAUCGAAGAAACAACGGAAACAGAACUGAACUUCUUUAGACAUAGACAGAGCCCCAAAUACGUCAUCGUUUGACUCCUCCAAAACCUUUUUAACAGACGUGUAAGCCCUUCACUCGCCUUCGAUAAUCUCCAAGCCCCCUCUCUCAUCGCUUUCAAAAACUUCCCACCAAGUUUCUCUGCUACGAAGAUUCUCCACCAAUUCUUUACUUCCUGAAUGAAACCCUAGCAAUCCACAAUGUCACCGUCCGGCGGCGACGGAGCAAUCUCCGCCGAAGACCGCUGCACGUGCUUUUCCGGCGAGAAUGGUGACGAUCGAGACAUGUUGGACCGCCGCCGGAGCUGUCAGCACUGCAGGCGACGGUCCGAUCUCCUGUCUCCGUCGUCGUCGUCGUCUUCUCUACUCAGCUUCGAUCCGGUUCCGUUGAAGGACUAUGAUAAAGUGUGGAGGAUCGUUACAGCCUCGGCGAAAGGAUUCACCAUUGGAGCAGGUCUUAAAGGUGGCCUCGCUCUCUUCGCAAUUCUUGCUCGCUUCAGACGCAGACAAUUAUUGACCUCUGCCAAGAAGGUUAGCAUGGUUUCGAGCAGUGACGAUGUGAUUUUGGCAGUUAAAGAAACUCUCAGAUAUGGUCUCUUCCUCGGCACCUUUGCUGGUACAUUUGUUUCUGUGGAUGAAAUUAUAGCUACUUUGGGAGGAAACCGUAGGACAGCAAGAUGGAGGGCUUUAUUGGCUGGGGCAAUUGCAGGGCCUUCAAUGCUUCUGACUGGGUUAAACACACACAUGAGCUUGGCUAUAUACAUCCUUAUGCGUGCUGCUGUCUUGGCAUCGCGCUGUGGAAUAAAGAGCAAGAGAUUUGGGCACAUUUGUAAACCUCUCACUUGGGCACACGGAGACAUUUUCCUCAUGUGUCUCUCCUCUUCACAAAUUUUGUCUGCUUACAUAUUGAAGCAAGAUAGUUUACCUCCAUCAUACCAGUCCUUUCUCAAUAAACAUGGAGGAAAGGAUUCCAUUAUCCUGCAAGCUGUGAAAGAGAUAGCAUGUGGUAUUCCUUUUACUAAUUUGGAGGUGGUAGAGAAAUAUUAUAAGACCAUGGGUGUUGACAUCAAAUUGGAUCCGCAAAUGAAAGUCCCCUGCUCAAUUAUACAUGGAAAUCAAUCAUGUAGUGGUCAUCUUGUCUCAUUUCUUAUACAAGCCUACAAAAGAGCAUUGCCAGUUUAUCUUCCAGUUUAUUUGAUUCCUGCAUUAAUAGUUCAUCGUAAGGGACUCAUGAAAAGACCUUACACAAUUUUGGGAAAAGGUCUUUUUGGUACUGCAAGAUCGAGCUUGUUUCUUUCUGUGUAUUGUUCAUCUGCAUGGAUGUGGACAUGCUUCUUGUUCAGACUUUUCAAGAGAUGUAAUAUUCCAAUGGUGGCAAUGGGGACGUUCCCAACCGGCCUGGCCUUGGCUAUUGAGAAGAAGAGCAGGCGGAUCGAGAUAUCACUGUACUGCCUUGCACGGGCUAUAGAGAGCUUCUUCACAUGCAUGGUGGAUGUUGGAUAUUUACCACGGUCGAAGAACCUAAAGAGAGCAGAUGUGGUGGUUUUCAGCAUUUCAACCGCAAUCAUCAUGCACUGCUACGCGAUAGAGAGGGAUGUCUUCCGAUCCAAAUACUUGAAUGUUCUUGAUUGGGUAUUUGGCAUUCCUCUUCCGCCAAGUGAAACCCCUCGUAAGAAUAUUUGAGGUAGGAAAGAAGUACCGGCGAGAUUUUCAAGUUUUGUUCUCUUAUUUGAAGCCUCUCCUGGAGCAAGUCCAGGAGAACAGUAUGUAAUUUUAUUCUGAUUGCAUAGUUUAUUUACAUCCGGUUGAAUAAUUCAUAGUUAUUUUUUAUGCUUGUAAGUUGUAACUUUUCAAAAGUGGAUGGAAUAAAAAUUCUCAAUAGUGGCCUUUUUUUCUUGUC